AUGCGGGAAGAUGCCUUCGGAAUCUUCCGCUACCGCUACCACUACACUACUACGUACGGCCUCAUGUCGAGUGAUUCGGAGGAACGAGACGGUUUCCAGCAAAUCCAGGAGCAGCAGCAGCAACAACAACAUCCUCCCUUGCAUAUGCGCAUUACCAGGAGAACCAGUAUAACUCCAAUCAACGAACCAAUCGAGUACACCUCCUUUGUGUGUGGACUUUUGGCGGGAGUAGCGCAAGCUGGUAUCUUCAAUCCCUACGAUCGGGCUCUGUACUUAUCGGUCACGAAUCAUCGACCUUUCUUGGCCUGGGAGAACUGGCGAUCACCCUACACGGGCUUUUUCCAAUCCAUCGGGGGACGAGCCCUCUCCGGCGGGCUAUACUUUCCCUUGGAGCAUUUGUUUCUACGCAUUUUGGGUCAACAUCAACCCACUCGUCGCUGCCAACGCAGUGAUAUGGAUCCCAAAUACAAUUUGCUGGCCGGUACCGCCGCCGGUCUGGCGAAUGCGGUGGUCCUGAACCCCGUGUCGGCCAUCAAAUACAAGACCUGGGGGCGUGAAGUCAAUCAGGGAAUGCUCAAAGAAGCCUUCGGUAUGGUGAAGAAAUCGGGAUCGCUACGACCCUUCGGCAACGGGCUUGUACCGACCAUUUAUCGGGAUGUCGUGUUCGGAGCCUGCUAUACCUGGUUACGCUUGCAGAUUCAGUACAGCUUUCAACUCUAUCCCCACGAACAAUGGAAAGGAAAUCUUACAGCAGCAGCGCUAGCCACGGUUCUUUCCGGACCAUUCAAUUAUGUUCGGAAUAUACAGUACGCAACAUCCUCACGGGAUCGAGCGGAUGGCACUCUACAAGUGCUUCGCAGUCUGGCACACGAGACCGGUGAACAGCCUACGGUUGCCAGACAAUUGUACUAUUUGCAAAAUCGGCUAAGGAUUGGCUGGGGAACUGCUCGAGUCGCCUGUGGUAUUACCUUUGCACACGGAGUGUACGACUGGCUACACGAAAAUCUCCACGAGUCUGUGCAACGCUUGUCCUUAUCCAACGUGUAA